GGAGCGAGACCCCGACACAGGCGGACGCCGAUGUUGUGGCCGUUAGUUACCCCUGAAAGCUGCUCCCAGAACUUGAGCAGACAGCGUCAGCGGCGUAGUUCAGACUUGGCCGCAGUUAAUUUUUCAAGACUCCAAGUCGGACUUGAAUGUAAAAAGCUGGACGGCGAGUGGGCGUGAAGAGCCGCGCGUUCUCCCUCGGUGGCGGCGGCCAGGGAAGCUGGCCCCGGGGGAGCGGCCCCCGCGCGCGAGCCCUUCUGCCCGCGGGCGCCCGACCUGCCCGCGCAGCGUCCCGGGGAACACAGACCUGACUCGGCAGUUCGUCUUUCUCAGGCAGUUGUAGUGCAUCAGAUAUUUUUUUGCUGUGCCCAUUUCCUCUUCGCAGGGACUUUGCUGGGAGAUCUCAGUCCUUUGCUGGCUCUCCACCCAGUUUGUUUUCCUGAUCUGUCAGACGAAGAUAGCCACACUAACCCUUCAUGCAGGAUGCUGUAUUCUCUGCUGCUUUGUGAAUGUCUGUGGCUGAUAACUGGUUAUGCUCAUGAUGAUGACUGGAUUGACCCCACAGACAUGCUUAACUAUGAUGCUGCUUCAGGAACAAUGAGAAAAUCUCAGGUAAAAUAUGGUAUAGCAGAGAAAAAGGAAUUCAGUCCUGACUUGUCACAUGCUGACGAAUUGUCGGAAUGUUAUAGCAAACUUGAUUCUUUAACUCAUAAGAUUGAUGAGUGUGAAAAGAGAAAGAAGGAAGACUAUGAAAGUCAAAGCAAUCCUGUUUUUAGGAGAUACUUAAAUAAGAUUUUGAUUGAAGCCAGAAAGCUCGGACUCCCUGAAGAAAACAAAGAUGAUAUGCAUUAUGAUGCUGAGAUUAUUCUAAAAAGACAAACCUUGUUAGAAAUACAGAAGUUUCUCAGUGGAGAGGAUUGGAAACCAGGAGCCUUGGAUGAUGCGCUAAGUGAUAUUUUAAUUAAUUUUAAAUUUCAUGAUUUUGAAACCUGGAAGUGGCGAUUUGAAGAUUCUUUUGGAGUGGAUCCAUAUAAUGUGCUAAUGGUGCUUCUGUGUCUGCUCUGCAUCGUGGGAUUAGUAGCUACUGAGCUGUGGACGUAUGUGCAUUGGUACACCCAGUUGAGGCGUGUUUUAUUCAUCAGUUUCCUCUUCAGUUUGGGAUGGAAUUGGAUGUAUUUAUAUAAGCUCGCGUUUGCACAGCAUCAGGCUGAGGUUGCCAAGAUGGAGCCAUUAAACAAUGUGUGUGCCGAGAAGAUGGACUGGAUUGGAAGCCUCUGGGAAUUGUUUAGAAGUUCAUGGACCUAUAAGGAUGACCCAUGCCAAAAAUAUUAUGAGCUCUUACUAGUCAACCCUAUUUGGUUGGUCCCACCAACAAAGGCACUGGCAGUUACAUUCACCAACUUUGUCACGGAGCCAUUGAAACACAUCGGGAAAGGAGCUGGUGAAUUUAUUAGAGAGUUCAUGAAGGAGCUCCCAGUAUUCCUUCACAUUCCAGUGCUCAUCAUCAUGGCGUUAGCUGUCCUGAGUUUCUGCUAUGGUGCUGGAAAAUCAGUUAAUAUGCUGAGACAUUUAGGUGGUCCUGAGAGAGAACCACCCCGGGCACUUGGGCCAGGUGAUAGAGGACGGCUGAACGAAGUUGAUUAUAGACCCCAUGGUGGAGCAGGUGAUGCAGAUUUCUAUUAUAGAGGCCAGAUCAGCCCCAUUGAGCAAGGCCCUUAUGACAGAACAUAUGAGGGUAGAAGAGAUGUUUUGAGAGAGAAUGAUGUUGACUUGAGACCUAAGACUGGCAACAAGAGCCCCGAAGUGCUCCGGCCAUGUGAUGUACCAUACGCAGAGGCGAGGGAGCAUCCCAAGAUGGUACCCGGUCAUAAAUUACCUGUUUUGGAUACAAAGCCCAAAGGAAUGGAGGGAAUCCAGGCAGAAAGCACACCCUCAGAAAGCAGUACUGAAAGCAGCCAGUGUGUGAGGCGGGGCUCUGGCGCAGACGCCUCAGAGAAGGUGGAAGGUUCUCCGGCAGAGAAAGAGGCCCAGCUCAGGACUGAUGCCAGAAGCAGCCCAGAGGCAGGCAGCGCGUGCAGCCCAGCCAGCUGUGGAAAGGAUCCGGAUGGCGGCCCACAUGCCUAGAGGAGCACAGACUUCGACCGCAGCUUGGAGAUAACCGUUGGGGGAUGCAGUCCACUUUGAGAGCUAGCAGGGCAACACACUGCUGCUGUUGACAGCAAUUUAGGGAAGACACUAAAGCAGACUGAGCAGAUCAAGGCCAGUUCAUAACUCGAAUAGAAUUGUUUAUUGUCCAGCCCAUAUUUAUUAUUAAAAUCAAGGAUUUUAGCAGCAGGCUUUUUGGAAAAUCACAAUAGGUUAGACAGCUUUUUAAAAGCAGUUCUUAAAAAAAAUAAAAAAUAAAAAAAAAAAUAAAAGCAGUUCUUAAAUGGAAUAGAUAAUGUGGAAUGUUUACAG